AUGGAGCUCCGCCUUGGGCUUCUUCAGCCGCAGCCCACAGGCGCAAUUCCCUACCUUCACUUCAAGUUCCCCAAAGCCCGGUACUACAUCCCGUUCGGCCCGUGGUGCGGGUGGACUGUGGCGAAGCGCAUCCGUCUCGUGGACGACUCCGCACGCCUGGGCACCUGCAGCUACAACCACCGCGCCAAGUGGCGCAUCAUCGACAAGUGGUCCACCAAGCUUGGCUGCGGUGAAAGCGACGACAAUGGCGAGGCCUCUGCCCUGCGCCAUCUGGAGCUCGAGGAGGAUCCGCCAGCGACUUGUGAGCUGCGGGCUCCGGCCUGCCGCCCCGUCCGCUGGCCGCCAGCCAAGUUUGAGGGCGCGGCUCCGGUGUCGGCGCCCACAAGCACCGCUCCGGCCUCCGCUGCUGGAGAUCAUCGACGCAUUCUGAGCGUGUUCUUCAAGGACGGCACCUACCGCAGCUAUGACGUGUGCGAUCCAACAGAGUUCGAGUUCGUGCGCGACCUGGCCACCCGAUGUGGCUACGCCUGCAGGUACCACCCCAACACUACACCCUCAACCAAGGCAGGCUACCUGUCCACCUUCCCGUUCGAGACGGCCUUCAAUCAGGCCAGCCCUCGAUCUACUCCCCGGCCGACCCUGGACAAGGUCUCCUCUAAGCACGCCCACGAGUUCGCCAAGGUCGCAUUGGCAAGAGCGCGGACAUGA